UCCAGAAUAAGCACAAGAAAGCACCCUCUGUUGAAUCUACAGCUACUGACACCAUGUGGCCUCAUUUCAGCAUGUUAUCAGGGAGGCACUCAAUCACAUGCCUUUACCUGACGAGAAGGCGAUACCUGAGCACUCCGUUUCACACUACGAAGUACGGGACUAUUCACACAUGUUUAACGACGGAACAACCAUCGCCAUUGACAAGAUUCCCGGCCUCGGCACCUUGAGUCUCUGGAACUACAUACGAGCCUUAGAGCACUCGAAGGACCGCGAGUCAACAAUCCCUGCCGCCGCCAACCCCCUUAGGUAUGAUAUUGGAAACUGGCUCGGGCAUUUUCACAAUUGGGGCUCGGAAGAACAGGUGGUUAAGAAAUUACAGGCCAUUGUGCGAGGCCCUGAUCUCAUCGACCAGCAUCACAAGUCUAUCUUUGAGGAGCUAAACAAGGCCAUUCAUCAGCUUCCGAAACGCGCUCAUAAAAGCGCUCAUAAAACUUUGGACCAAGUCCGCGGCUUGAUAAGGGCAAACUAUGCCAUUCCUGGGAAGAGACAAUCGUUUCAAAUUCUCAAUGGCAACUUUGACCUAUCCCGCCUCCAUAUCAUGUACUCCCCGCUUGAUAAGCGAGACGACCCAAGGCAGUUGCCAUCUGUUUACGUUUCCGAUUGGCGUGAUUGUCGUGAAGGACAUCCUGCGUUUGACCUCGGUCCGUUGAUGGCUGACUUGGUUGUACUCUACAAGCAGAACACCACGCUCGCGGGUGAUGUGGCCCGGGGAUUCAUUCAAGGAUAUUUUGCCAAAGUCAGGAACAACAGUCACCCGGGAAACAAGUUCAUAUUCCAUGUUUUGGUACACAUUGGAGUGUGCAUGAUCAUACGAUGCCGUGGUCUUUCUGAGAAAAAGAACGAUGACAUGGACAAAAAAGUCAAAGACAACGGCAAGGACAUCGGUAAAGGCAAACGCAAACGCAAGCGAAAGAACGGCAAUGGUAACGGCACCGACAAUGACAAUGGCGAUGCCAAACACACAACGACCGGUAACAAGGAUCGAGGAAUACUCAAAUACGGACUCCUGAUCAUGCAUCACGCGCUACGUGAAGACAGCCAGUGGUUUUUGGAUAAGCCUGUUCUAUGCCAUCUUUUUGAUUUAUCUUCUUCUAAACCAGGACACUCUGGGCCCGACAAGUGGGAGUUAGCCAGGAAAUCCGCAGAGAAGAGUGGUGAAUCAAGUAGUCAGGUGAGGGAAGAAGGCACUUACGAUCCUUGGGAUUGGCAUGAUUUGGGUACAUAUACACUCUAAGGUUAAGGGAGCAUAAGCGGUUCAUUGUAUAUGUAUACGUCUCUCAUAGCAUGCUUUCAGUUUUGAAAGAAAUAACCAAAUAGCGACCAUAGUUCUCU